UGUAUGCUAUAAUCCAGUAUUUCUAUUGUAUGAUAAAGCAAUUAGUUUGUUUUUAUUUGGGGGGCUACAAGGUGAUAUCAUUGUUGCAACCUUGGACCUUAAAAAUGAUGAGGUUCCUUGAAAAGGAAACCACUUGGGAAUUUUAAAAAUGUAGCUGCUUGUUCUAUCAUAUUUUGGAGUGCUUUUACAUUCUUCUUGUCUAAUAAUGUACAUAAAUAUGAUAUUUGUUGGUUCAGAUCCGCCUUCUUUUGGCUAUCAGUUAAGACAUAGGAGAGGAAAAUUAGAAACUACUCGUGCUCAGUACAUAAACACAAAGGAUUUGAGGCUGACAAUAAGCACUUGGAAUGUUGCUGGAAGAGUUCCGGAUGAAAACCUUGAUAUUGAUGAUUGUAUUUCUUCAAAAGAGCCAUCGGAUAUCUACAUUUUCGGGUGAAAACAGAAGAACAAAUGGGAUAUAAGUAUGGCGAGGCUUGCUUUCAUUUAUGUUUCUAGUAUUAUGUACCAUUUAGACUUAAAUUUUUGUUUUAUUUCGACAUGUUAUGCAUAGAAAUACUUGGGAUGUUG